AUGAUGAGCACGUCCACGAGACAAAUGACUCCAAAAGCACAAGAAACGAACUUUGUCUUUGUUGGUGGACCUGUGCUUACAGGCAAGGGGACUGGGAUCCGGUCCAAGGUUGUCCAAGCAGGAAUGCGCGAAAAACGGCUCCAGCGACGGAAGGAUGCAGUGGCCGAAAUAAACCAACUACUGGAGGGCCGGACAACGGCAUGUACUUGCCGAACGAUAGCUACCCCUCUUGCGCCGUUGCCAAGACACAAUCAAGGCCAACAGCCCAUCAAGCCAAGGGUCUGGAUGGUCAGCAAGGCCCAAGUGGGCUCAGUUUGCUGCUCCUUCUGUGGGAGGUAUAUUCGCUCCUAUAACGCCCUGCACCCCAGCAGCAGCAGCUCGCUGUACGACAUAGGCUCUGGACUUGAACCCACGAUCCCCGUUAACGAAACCACUUCUCGACUGAGGGUACAUGAGAUUUUCAGUUUCGCCAGUAGACACGUCCUACCAAAUCUGCGGGGCUCGUUAGAUCUCCCUGACCUUUAUCAAACAUGGGCAUUCCCUUUCGACAACGACGAACUGAAAUUGUUUACAUUUCUCUGGUCAAGCAAACGUCACGAGGGUGUGCUGCGCCUGGCAUAUAAUAUUCCGCAGGAUCCAGCUGAAUUAAAGGAAGAGCUUGUUCUGAAGGGGCUUACUCUCAGAGCACUACGGAAAGAAGUCACAAGCUACACCGAGCAGAAAGCUAUUGAUAGCAUCAUCAGAUCCAUGUUAGUCCUCGCCGUGAACGACACCGAGACGGCUACACAGCGACUAUGCCGAGAGCCAAGUCCAUUUACACCCACGUUUACGGGGCUCCAUGCCCUUGAGUUUUAUGGCGGUCGCGACUAUAACCGCCUCCACUGGGAGAAUAUGUACAAGCUGCUUCAAAACCAUGAAGGAAUCCAGAUGCUUCGUCCCUUUGCAUUAGCAUGGCAGAUUUCUGUCGCUGAUCUCACAAAUGCCGCGCACACUCUUCGAAAACCUCUUUAUCCCAUGAUAGAUGUCUAUGGGCAACAGCUGGAGCUGGAUUCCCCUCUCGUACUAUUUGCUCCGGACACAUGUGAUGAUUUACGAAAACCAGGAUCUGGCUUCAACGAGCUCCUCUUAAUGGAGCAGCCAGUACAUCAGAGACUUGUGAGCGUGUUUUCACAUGUUGGAGAACUGUCUUACGCCAUGGACAUUAUAUCAACACAGUCACAUAGUCCGCGACUUCUUGAACUCCUGGCUGACAGCCGAGAUCUGGUCCACCACCGACUGUUCUCCCUACCAAAUGAGGACGACGCGGCUAGCCAGAUCCUGAGCCUUGACGGCCAAUCUACCAGGCAAGAACAAUUUUUGGAGCUUUACCUGACCUGCCGCCUUGCAGUGCUAUUAUACGCUACACAUGUUACCUUUCCAAUUCCCCGGUCCUCGGUUGUGAGAAGUGUAUUGCUUCAGUCACUGUGCCCAAAGCUGCAGUUUCUUGCAGACCGAGGUUUCCUUAGUCCAUUAUUCCUGUGGUGUACUAGCGUGGCGCUUGUUGCACUUGAUGAAACAGGUCCCUUUGCUGAGAUCUUGGGGCUUUUUCAAAAGGUGUCCCGCAACUUGCAUAUAACAACUCUGUCGAGUUUGUUGAAUCUCCUGCAUUGGUUUGCCUGGUCUGACACGGCAAUCCAGCAUCAUAAUUCAAGGAUGGAACGAUACUUGUCAGGCAAUUUAUCAAGUUUAUCAGGUAUAAAGCAGGAGUAUCUAGCUUAA